AAUAGACAAUUAAAUUGACGAAGGCGUUUUAAUGCAUCAGCUUGACAAUACUCUGCAUACAGGAAUUAAUUAUUGUGAGAGCGAGGCGAGGCGAACCAUCGAGCCAGCAGAGGCAGGCAGUCCCCGGCCUCUCCAGGACCUCUCGUCAACACCCACACAAUGGUGAAGGUGUAUAAACCUGGCCGUGUGGUCAUCCUCCUUACCGGAAAGCAAGCUGGUAAAAAGGCAAUUGUUAUAAAGAGUAAUGAUGAUGGUACACAAGAUCGACCCUACGAGCAUGCCUUAGUUGCUGGCAUUGAAUGUUACCCUCGCAAAGUAACGAAAACCAUGAGCAAGAAAAAGAUUGCAAGAAGGUCAAAAAUUAAGCCUUUUGUCAGGAUUGUGAACCUGAAACAUGUGAUGCCUACACGUUAUACUGCUACUGACAUUGUCUUCGAUAAAGUAAAGAUCAACAAAGAGACCCUCAAGGACCCCGGCAGGAGGAGGAAGGCACGCAGAAUUGUCAAGGAAAAGUUGGAAGAAAGAUACAAGAGUGGCAAGAAUCGCUGGCUUUUCCAGAAGCUUCGGUUCUAAAUAAACUAUGACCUUGUA